UAAGUACUUGCUGCCAUCUCUUCUUCUUCUUCCCCCCACCAGCCCAGAGGAAAUUAAACAUCCUCAGAUCGAGCACUCCUGCGACUGCAGAUCAUCAGAAGCAUCACAACACAGCAAUCAGGGUGCGUGUGUGCCUGAGGGGCAGCGACAGAGAGCAGGAUGAGCUGGGGCAGCAGUGGCGGGUGGGGCCUGGACCUGAACCUGUCACCGCCGCCGGCGCGGGGAGGAGAGAGGGUGGUGGAGUCGUCGGAUGACGAAUCGUCGUCGCCGAGCUCGUGCCUGUCGUCUGAGGGCGAGCGGGAGCAGGGGUACGGGCUGCAGUGGUCGGACAGCCCGGAGGCGAUGUCCAUGGUGCUGGCGGCCUGCCCGCGCUGCCUCAUGUACGUCAUGCUCUCCGAGGCCGACCCGCGCUGCCCUCGGUGCCGCAGCCCCGUCCUCCUCGACUUCCUGGACCACGGCAGCGCCAACAACCACGUCAACGGUGGCGGCGAGGACAGCCUCAACCGCAACAGCGCCCGCGGCAGCAGCAGGAGGAACAAUAGGGCAUGAUCAACGGAGGCCGGCAGCAUCAAGAACAAGGAAGUCCUUGCUCCAGAAGUUCGCCUCGAUUAAUAAUUAGUAUUCAGUACUUUUCCAAUAUGUCAUUACAAGAACUGUUCCAAUAUGAUCUGCCAUUACGCCGAGGUAACCGUGGUAUAUCACGGAUACACUGGAGAGCUAGCAUCACAUCCCAUGUCUCUGGUUCGUCUCUGUUCAAUCCCUGCAGGAAAUAGCUGCCCUGCUCAGAUGAUGAGGGGCCAUUCCUCUCCUAGCUUUUCACUUCUCCUUGCGGCCAUAUGUUCUUUUUUCUUCGCGAUCAGUGUGAUGAACAAAUAAUCAUUUGACCUCCAAAUGGAUUGAAAAGAGGCCGCUCAACAGCAGCAGAUGAGUUGGUAUUGGAUACAUACAUACAUACACAG